AUGAGUGAAGAAAAAUAUAAUUAUUUGGAUAUGCAUUUAAGUCGAAAAGGAUCCAUUUAUGACUCUUUAAUACAUUUGAAACCAGAAAAUGAAAAUAAAUUUGGUUUAGAUGAAAAUAGCGAUAUAUGUAGAACCUUAUCAAAUUAUGCAGAUUAUUCAACAAAAAAAGUAAAAUACUUUGUUAAUAAACGUUUUUCGGCAAUAGAAAAUAUAGAGAAAAAUAUAGAAGACAUUGAUUAUUCAACAUUUAAAUAUUUUAGAACGUUGCCACCAAAAUAUAGUGACGAAAAUGAUAUAAGAAAUAAUAUUAUUUUCAACAACAAUAAUAUUUAUAUAUAUGCAGAAAAUAAAAAUGGAACGUUAAAUGAGCAGGCUUGUAUAUCUAUAUCUCCUGAUAAUAAUAUUAUAUAUUGUUCAACAAAAGGAAGAAGGUAUACCAUAGGUGGUCAUGCAGGAAUACAAAAGAAUCUAAAUAACGAAUAUAAUUUUUUGGAUGAAAACAAUUUCAUAUCUCCUCAAAAUAGUAUCAAAACAUAUACAUAUGAUGCUUUAGACAGUUCGGAUUUAUCUAGUUCUUUUCCAAAAAUUAAUUUAAUUAAAACUAAUGACGUCUUAGAAGAUACAAAUACAAAUAAGAUAAAUACAGCAAAUAUAUUUAAUGAACAUAUAAUAAUGAAUUCAUGUGAAUCUAGUAACUUAAAUACCACUAAAUGCUUAUCCAAAAAUUUAUCCGUGCAAAAGUUAUUUAAGUAUUAUAAAAAAUGUUCACAAGAUUUGGAGCAUGAACAACGAAUAUGUAAACCUUGUGCCCAUGUAUAUAAUGGUAGUACAUGUAUGAAUGGAGAUGAAUGUUCCUUUUGUCAUCAUCCUGACCAUGUAUUAAUAUCUGCAAAGAAAUGGAAAAAGCUUGUAAAAAAUAAUAUGGAAAAGUUAAAUAUCCUAUUGCACAUUCUACGCAAUCCAGAUGAUGUAAAUGCGAACUUAUUAAAUGAAAUGAUAAAGCAAAAUACGAAAAACUUAAAAAAAAAUAAAAAAAUAAAUAACACCAAGAAUAAUACUAUUAUUAAUAUGUAUAAUCAGAACGUAAGACAUUCCAAUAGUAACAAUAAUACUAUAAAUGAUAUGAACAAUAAUAAUAUAAAUAAGAGACAUAAUAAGAAUAGAAUAUUUUAUUUUCCACAAAGAAACACAGACACCGUAUUAAGACCACCCUAUAAUAAUUAUGAAUCUAAUGAAACUACAGAUAUGUAUAAAAAUAAUUAUCAAGGAAGGAAUUAUAAUUUUAGUUCAUAUCGCAUGAAUAUGUAA